CUGGCUGGGCUCCCGCCAGCCGCCUCAGCAUCAAUAUUUCAUCGACGUCAAUAAGAGCAGCGGGGACAACUGCGGCAACGCUCAGGCCAGCUCCAGCCCCAAGCUUGCAGCUCACAGGCAGCCAGGCAUCUUCCCGUGUCUGCCCGGCAUCAUGGAUGUCUUCAAGAAGGGCUUCUCCAUUGCCAAGGAAGGCGUGGUGGGCGCCGUGGAGAAGACCAAGCAGGGGGUGACGGAGGCGGCAGAGAAGACCAAAGAGGGGGUCAUGUAUGUGGGAGCCAAGACCAAGGAGAAUGUGGUGCACAGCGUGACCUCAGUGGCUGAGAAGACCAAAGAGCAAGCCAAUGCGGUGAGUGAGGCCGUGGUGACCAGCGUCAACACGGUGGCCAACAAGACCGUGGAGGAGGCGGAGAACAUUGUUGUCACCACCGGUGUUGUGCGCAAGGAGGACUUGAAGCCACCUGCUCCUCCACAGGAAGGCGAGACAGUCCAAGCGGAAGUGGACGUGGCUGAGGAGGCCAAGAAUGUGGGAAAUUAGAGGGCUGCAGGCCAGACCGCUCAGACCCCAUCAGUUCCUGGGAUGAAGAGUGCCCAGCUCCCCUGGAGUGUGCCCUGCAGGCUGCCCACGCUCCUUGCACCUGCUAUUGCUGCUGCCACCAACACCCUUACCUCCCAUGCCCUCGGCCCCUCUGGCCUCUGGGCUUCCUAACCCCACAGAUGCUGCUGUGGAUUUUUUUUUUUUAAUGAUUCCAAAUAAAACUUGAAUCCCACACUCCA